GCUACCUGUGGUACGUGACGCUAACCUGUCGGUCUCAGGCCGCGACAGAUCCGGUAACAGUCGGUGGAUUAAGUCGGUAGAUUUAACGGUCAGUUUGUUAUAAACUGUUUUCUCCUCUUCUCUGUUCCGGCGUUGACUUUAAAAUGGCGGCUGUUUCAGCGGUUUACGCAGCCGGGAGCCCUGAGACAGGAAACCAGUAAGAGACAGUAACCGGGUCCAGAACCAGUCAGUAACCGGGUCCAGAGCCGGUCAGUAACCGGGUCCAGAGCCGGUCUCAGGGUGUCAGCGUGGCUGUGGUGUCGUCCUGGUGGAGGAGCAGGCUGAUGGAGAGCGACUGUCGGAUCCCCGUGGCCUGUUGUCGGCCUCGAGUCCUCGUCCUCCACGCUCUGUUCUGGGGCCUCGUCUCCCUCAGAGUGUUCGGAGCGGCUCUGCUGAGCGACGAGAAAACUUCAGCGGUGAAAGCGGUGGUCGCCCCCUGCUGGCUGCUGGAGGAGUUUGUGGUGACGGCAGAGUGUUCGCAGUGUAACGCCUUCCAGACUAGGUCGUGGUCGUCCUGCAGACCGACGGGAUACGUGGAGAGAGUCAACUGCACCAGAUCCAACAGAGACGAGUACAAGAGCUGCCGCUCUGCAGUGAUGGAGGAACAUCUCUUCUGGAAGUUCGAGGCGGCCAUGUUGGCUCUGACGGCACUCUUCGCCGUCGUGGUGGUCGUCCGUCAGCGCUGGCUCGACCGCCUCGCCUCCGAGAAGGUCCGCCGCCAGAUAGAGUCCAUCUAGGACACCAGAGACACCUGGACCAGGACUUGUGUUAGGACCUGGACCUUGUGGUUUUUAUACUACAGCAGUAUUUUAACAACAUGUGGAGUUUAAACUGAUCCAGACUGAAGACACACUGAGAUCCAUCAGGGAUCAGGACUAAGAAAAACCUGCAGAGAACUGGACUCUUUGUUUUCACCUUCAACUUUAUUUAAAAUGGAUUUAGAAACACGACGACCAGCAGACGUUUCUGACCGGUUUGAUUCUCUUGAACAAAUGAUAAGUUUCAGACGUGAGUUUGAAGAUGUUCGAUAUUCGACUUUAAUUAAAAAACAAAAGAGCGAAUCGAAGUUCAGCUUCAGCUAAAACGACUUUCGCAUCAAACUGGACCUAAACCAGUCUGAACUGGGUCAGAACUGGACCUCAGCGGUCCUGGUUCUGAGCAGGUCUGACAGUCGAACUGUUUUAACUUCAAUUCAUUUUCUUUUCUCAAGAAUUCAACUUUCACUCACUAAAAUCCCAAAUUAAUUCUAUUAAGAUUAUUUUCCAGUGAAACUUUAUUUUAAUAUUCAGAGUUUCAGUGUGAUGGUGAGGCCCCCAGACCACCAGACCCCCCAGGUCCAGG